AUGGUGACUAGAAGCAGCAAAAAGAAGGGCAAGCUAAGCCCCCGGUGUAUAGGACCAUAUGAUGUAGUAGAAAGAAUUGGACCAGUCGCAUAUCGACUUGCACUACCUAUGGCCCUGUCAAACCUCCACGACAUGUUUCAUGUAUCGCAACUCUGUAAGCACGAGCCAGAUCCCUCCCAGGUAAUGCCAGCUGAGGCUAUCGAGAUUCAAGAAAAUCUUUCGUACGUGGAGAAACCAGUAAACAUUAUGGAUCGUAGGGAUCAAGUUCUAAGGAAUAAGUCAAUUCCCCUGGUACAAGUUUUGUGGAGAAACCCCGUGAGUGAAGAAAUAACUUGGGAGCGAGAGGAAGACAUGAGGCUCAAUUAUCCAUAUCUGUUCGAAGAUCCUAUAGUUAGAAUGAGUGAAUAA